AUGAAAGUGGAGUUUGCGCCGCUCAACAUCCCGCUGGCGCGGCGGCUGCAGACGGCGGCGGUGCUGCAGUGGCUCCUGUCAUUCCUGCUGCUGGCGCAGGUGGGCUGUGGAAUCAUUAUACUGCUGAUCUUAUACAACUGUUGGGUUCUUUACAUUCCUUACUUGAUGUGGUUUUACUUUGACUGGCAUACCCCAGAGCAAGGAGGGAGAAGAUUCAACUGGGUCAGAAAUUGGACUGUAUGGAAGUAUUUUAAGGACUAUUUUCCAAUCCAUCUCAUCAAAACUCAGGAUUUGGAUCCAAGUCACAACUAUAUAUUUGGGUUUUAUCCCCACGGAGUACUCGUGGUUGGAGCCUUUGCAAAUUUUUGCACAAAUUACUCAGAUUUCAAGGAGUUGUUUCCUGGCUUUACUGCGUAUCUUCAUGUGCUCUCAGGUUGGCUCCAGUGUCCUCUCUUCCGAGAAUAUCUGAUGUGUGGUGGGUCAGUUUCAGUUUCCAGGAAAAGCUUGUCCCAUGUGCUGAGCAAGGAGGGAGGUGGAAACAUCUCAGUCAUUGUCCUUGGGGGUGCAAAAGAAUCACUGGAUGCCCAUCCUGGAAAAUUCACUCUGUCCAUCCUCUCACGGAAAGGAUUUAUUAAAAUUGCUUUGGCCAAUGGUGCUUAUUUGGUCCCAGUGUUUUCUUUUGGUGAAAACGAGCUGUUCAAACAGAUUAACAACCCUGAAGGCUCCUGGCUGAGAACUGUUCAAGAGAAACUUCAGAAGAUCUUGGGGUUUGCUCUACCACUGUUUCAUGGCAGAGGAGUUUUUCAGUACAGUUUUGGACUAAUGCCCUAUAGGAAGCCCAUCCACACUGUUG